GCAGGCUGUCUUCCGGGAAAGCCUAUGUUGAUGAGGGCUGCGGUGGGAGAGUGAGUGAGCUCCUGCCUGGCACCACCCCACCUUGGAAGGGGCAGUUGGGUAGGAGGUUUCGGAGGCUGUAGACAUGGGGAUCGGUUGCUGGAGACAGCCCCUGCUGCUGCUGAUUGCCCUGGUCCUGUCCGCCAAGCUGGGUCACUUGCAAAGGUGGAAGGGCUUCCAGGAGAAGCCCAUGAGCAAAAAGAACAUGAAUUCGACACUCAACUUCUUCAUUCAGUCCUACAACAACGCCAGCAACGACACCUACUCAUAUCGAGUCCAGAAGCUAAUUCGAAGUCAGAUGCAGCUGACGACGGGAGUGGAGUAUAUUGUCACUGUGAAGAUUGGCCGGACCAAAUGCAAGAGGAAUGACUCCGGCAGUUCUUCCUGCCCCCUGCAAAGCAAGAAGCUGAGAAAGAGUUUAAUUUGUGAGUCUUUGAUCUACACCGUGCCGUGGAUCAACUAUUUCCAGCUCUGGAACAAUUCCUGUCUGGAGGCCUGAGCAUGCGGGCAGAGACCUCGGAUGAGGGCGCAGACGACUGGGUUGUGUACUGGCUCUUAUUAAACUGUAAAGGACC